AUGUCUUUAUUUUCGAUUUUUAAAAAAAAAAGCAUAUUGAAUGUUUUGAUUAAUCUUUCUAUUUCAUCAAUGCCUUCACCAUUUUCUUUGUCAUCACCAUUAUUACUAUUACCAUUAUCUGUAGUGUUGGAAAUGGAGGUGGUGCUACUCAUAUCACAAAAAUCUAUCGAGGAAAGUAUAUUGGCCAGAGCACAGUAUAAACUUGAUAUUGAUGAUAAGGUUAUACAGGCUGGUAAAUUUGACAAUAAGAGUACUGCCGAGGAACGUGAAGCUCUAUUACAAAUGUUGUUUAAACAGAUGGAUAUUGAAAGGAAUCAAAAAGAGGAAGAGGAAUGGCGAAAGAAGGGCGGAAAGGGCACCAAACCUGAAAGAUUGAUUCAGGAAAGUGAGUUGCCACCGAUAUACUUGAAAGAUUAUGAAAGUAUUAUGAGAGAUGAAGAAGAGACAACCACUUUGCUUGGUCGUGGUAAAAGAGCUAGAAUUGACGUUAGAUAUGAUGAUGGUUUGACAGAGAAACAAUGGAUGAAUUCACUUGAGGAUGAUGAAAUAGAUGAAAUGAAGAGACUUGAAACAAAAAGACGCCGUAAAGAAAAAAAGAGUCAUGAAAAAUCAUUAGAACAAGAACAAGACCAAUAA